UUUUUAGCUCUCACACACUGUACUGAAGUAAGGAGAGUGACCCCUGGUGGUAAUGGAAGGGACAUGCAGUGCAACUGUCUCCCUGGUGACGGCAAUAAGAGUGUGGCAAUCAUUGAUAUGGACAGACUUCAUUCUGAGUAACAAAGUGCAACGAGGAAGAAUUGUGUGAAACAAAAUGCUCUCGGGAGAACUGGACUGGCUGGUCUUACCGUACACGAGGAGGUCGUUGUUUAGAGGUGGUCUACGCUCGUCUCUAAUCCCUGCAGGAGAGACCUCUUCACUGGACCAGGAUAAGGUGCAGGAGAGACCUCUUCACUGGACCAGGAUAAGGUGCAGGAGAGACCUCUUGACUGGACCAGGAUAAGGUGCAGGAGAGACCUCUUGACUGGACCAGGAUAAGGUGCAGGAGAGACCUCUUCACUGGACCAGGAUAAGGUGCAGGAGAGACCUCUUCACUGGACCGGGAUAAGGUGCAGGAGAGACCUCUUGACUGGACCGGGAUAAGGUACAGGAGAGACCUCUUCACUGGGCCAGGAUAAGGUGCAGGAGAGACCUCUUCACUGGACCAGGAUAAGGUGCAGGAGAGACCUCUUCACUGGACCAGGAUAAACUCUACUUCCUGGUUUGGGUUUUCAGCUCUACAUUUAUGAAGCACCCGUCUGAAAAAUCUGUCCAGUUGACUCACAGAACUUCUGUCAAGAGAUAUAGCACCACAACAACUGCAGAACUUGAUGUUGUGUCCCACGCAGACCAGAGGAACAGGAACUUGAGGCCAUGGCAGAGCAGGGGGAAGCCCGGGGGACAGGAGAGGAACCACGAACACCCAACACGCCAUCCCUGAACCACCGGGGGACAGGGGGGACUUUCGGGGAGGGUCAAGAUGUGAAGGGAGAAGUCAUAACCAGAUCCACGAGGGAGAAGAACGGUCGCUUCACCAACCCCUGGCCCACAUGGCACUACCCCUCCUCUGCCUCCCUGCUCCGGUUCUACCUACUAGAUAAGGACCACAGCAACCUACCCCGCUCCAAAGAGGAGUUAGACCGUGAGCUUCCACUGCUGAAACCGUCCUUCAUCCAGAGUCCUGAGGUGUCAGGAACCGUGGGGUCUGGUCUCAGGGUGACCUGGCUGGGCCACGCAUCCGUCCUGGUAGAGAUGGACGGCCUGGUCAUCCUCACUGACCCCAUCUUCAGCCAGAGGGCGUCUCCCUUCCAGUUCAUGGGGCCCAAGAGGUUCAGGGGCCCGCCGUGUACAGUAGAUCAACUACCCAAGGUGGAUGCUGUGCUCAUCAGCCACACCCACUACGACCACCUGGACGUAGGUUCAGUUAGCAGCCUCAAUAAGCGCUUCGGCGCCGAGCUGCGUUGGUUUGUCCCUCUGGGGCUCCAGGGUUGGAUGCAGAGCUGUGGCUGUAAGAACGUGAUAGAGUUGGACUGGUGGGAGGAGAGCUGUGUCCCUGUCCCCAGCCCUGUCGCUGUCCCCAGCCCUGUCGCUGUCCCCAGCCCUGUCGCUGUCCCUGUCCCCAGCCCUGUCCCUGUCCCCAGCCCUGUCCCUGUCCCCAGCCCUGUCGCUGUCCCCAGCCCUGUCCCUGUCCCCAGUGGUGUCAGCCAGGAUAAGGUCAUGUUCGUAUUCACCCCAGCCCAGCACUGGUGCAAGCGCACCCCAACAGACGAUAACAGGGUGCUGUGGGGGAGCUGGUCUGUCCUGGGGCCCUGCAACCGCUUCUUCUUUGCUGGAGACACCGGCUACUGCUCGUCCUUCCAGGAGAUUGGGAGGCGCUUUGGUCCGUUCGACCUGGCUGCCAUAUCCAUCGGCGCGUACCUGCCCAGAGAUGUAAUGAAGUCACUGCAUGUGGACCCAGAGGAGGCUGUGGAGAUUCAUAAGGACGUUAAGGCCAAACACUCCCUGGCUAUUCACUGGGGGACCUUCGCAUUAGCUCAUGAGUUUUACUUAGAGCCUCCAGUGAGACUCAGGGAGGCCAUGGAGAAGAAUGGGUUGAAUGUGGAGCACUUCUUUGUCCUGAACCAUGGAGAAUCCAGAGUGAUGGGGGGAGAAAGAGAAGGAGGGGGCGUUUGACUGAUCAGAUGGGCUACAUUGCCAGAAGCUGCAAUAUGAAAGAGUUUGGACUUCUGACAAAGAGAUCUAAGCUUGGCAUUAUAGUAGUAAUAGUUUGCCUGAUAAAGGGGCACUGAUGUACAUAUUUGCAACUUUAAAAUAAAUAUAUGUUUUUAAUGCCAAGUGAUAUUGAUUGCACUAUUAAAUACAUUU